UCUUGUCACCUUAACUGAAGUCCAUUUGUGACAGAACAUGAAUUUCAGAUUAUUUAUUUAUAUUAGAACAGUGUAUAAAUGUAAAAUUUUUCUUCGUUAUCUCUGCAACUAUAUGCUAGAAGUUUAAUGCAGGCACGUGUGUCUCCUUAGCAGAAUGGAAUUGUUAAUGAGAUUGAAGUGGCAUUUUCUUAAUUCUAAUAAGCACGAACCUAUGAAUGGUUGUUAUUGAGAACUUGAACCUUACAUUAAUGGAAGUUGCAUGUUGCAUGCUUUGGUGUGAUUGAAGUGUAAAAGUUCUCAAGUGUUUAGAGAGAAAGAUGCAUGAGGAAUGGCACCAAAUCAUUUCUCAAACUUUGAAGGAACAUACAAAAAUCUUCGCCCACCUGCUGCCAUAAUUGCUGGUUGUUCUGUGCUUGGAGCUCUAGUGCUGUCUUUCCUUCUCAUUCUGCAACAUCUUCAAUCAUACAACAACCCUGCAAUUAUUUCUUUGUGGAAUCCAAGAUUAUCUCUAGCAUGUGACAUUUUAAGAAACUGCUAUGAAGCCUUUGCCUUGUAUUCUUUUGGCAGAUACCUGAUUGCUGCUCUUGGUGGUGAAGGAAAGGUUGUGGAAUUACUUGAAGAUGAAUAUGCAGAGCACCUUGGUAAAUCCUUGUUAGAUGGCCUAGAUGAGAAUCAUGACAUGGAUGAUAGAUCAUUUUGCAACUUCUUUUGGCAUCCAGGCAAGCUAGGAAAAGAUCUUCUCACAAUAGAAAAAUUUGGUCUUGUUCAAUAUAUGAUCCUGAAGACUGUUUGUGCAUUGUUAGCAUUUAUAUUAGAACAGUUUGGUGUUUAUGGUGAUGGGGAAUUCAAGUGGUACUACGGGUAUCCAUACAUAGCAGUAGUAAUGAACUUCAGCCAGAUGUGGGCAUUAUACUGCCUUGUUCAGUUCUAUAAUGUUACUCAUGAGAGACUUCAACCAAUACAGCCACUUGCAAAGUUCAUCAGCUUCAAGGCUAUUGUGUUUGCUACUUGGUGGCAAGGUGUAGGUAUUGCGGUACUGUGUACAUUUGAGGUGCUACCCAAUGAGGGAAAAUUCCAAACUGGUUUACAAGAUUUCUUAAUUUGCGUAGAGAUGGCCGUUGCAGCUGUUGCUCAUGUGUUUGUAUUUUCUGCAAAACCAUAUCAAUUUCUUCCUUCUGCUGCAUAUGGAAAAGUCAGAAAAGAAACAAAGGAGGCAGCCCUGGAGAUAGAUGAGGAGAACAGGCAGAAAGCUGCUUUGCUAAAAGAGACAUCGACUCGAGUUGAGUCUCCAAGAACAAGUGUGACGGAGAGCGUCCAGGAUAUCGUUGUUGAAGGUGGUCAGAGAGUUGUCGAGGAUGUUGUACUGGCAAUAAAUCAAGCAAUAGGGCCCGUGGAAAAGGGAGUGACGAGAAUUCAGCAAACCUUCCAUCACAGAACGGUGGUUUCAUCAGAUGAGGAUGAGGAAAAAGAAUCAGAUAUACAAGUAGAGAGAGAUGUCACAGAAUCUUAGAGGUAAAGGUAAAAAAAUUGCAACUAUGAAAAUUAUUAGGAUGGAAAACAGACUACACAAUACAUGGGCAGUUCCUGCCUGCUUUACGUGUUAAUGUGUAUAUACGUUGAUGCAACUUUUGAAGACAGCUUACUAGUGCUAGCUAGGAGUUGCUAGAAUAGACAGUAUAACCAUCACUUCUCUGGUACUUAACCAGAGGAUAAAAUUACAAUAGAUUUCUGUUGUUUAUUUUAAACAGUAAAAA